ACAUGGCCACCCCCAGAAAAAGCGUGGGGGUUGCAUCUGCACAGCUAGAAGAUGAUGAUGCAUUCGUUUUCAUAUUUGAUCGCAGAGACAAGGACGUCCCGGAGGUCAAAAUACCUACUGGAGGACUUUGGAAUUAUGAUGACUUUGUGAAACGGGUCCGAGAGACUAUUGGAAUAAAGAAGAAUGAAAAAUUUGUCAUUGCUACAACAAACAGAGAAGAAAUUAAAGAUGAUCCAUCAUGGGACAUUAUUGAUAAAGGUGACACAUUGUAUGUAUUGAAAUCCAUUAACCAAGAGUUAUGUGCCCCUGCUAAAGAGAGAGUCAACUUCCUGCCUCAUUAUGAUACCAUUGUUAAGGGAGGCAUGUACGAGUAUUAUGCAUCUGAGGGACAGAAUCCAUUACCCUAUGCUUUUGCUGAAUUGAUAGAUAAUGCCCUGUCUGCAACAGCUAACAAUGAUGGACCCAGAAAAAUAGAACUCAGAUUGCAUUUUGAUGAGAAGAAUCCAAAAGAUAAUUGUAUAUUUGUGAUAGAUAACGGGAAAGGUAUGACCCCUCGUCAGCUCAAUAACUGGGCGAUCUACAGACUGUCAAAGUUUAUACGUAAAGACAAACGAGAUAAAGUGAGUUUUAUUGAAACAGAGGACGAAGAUUCUAACAGUUCCCUGAUACAGCCAAAUGUUCCCCUAUCACUUAACAGUGAUAUAUCCUACUUUGGUGUCGGUGGGAAGCAGGCUGUCUUCUUUAUUGGUACUUCAACCAGGAUGAUUUCUAAAGCUAGAGAAUCUAAGGAUGUUCAUGAGCUAACCAUAUCUAAGGAGGAGUUUCAACAGAAAGAAAUUAACCAAGAGGCAAUCUACAGUGGCUUUAUACAUAAUAGAAAGCCAGGAGAUGCAAGCCAUAUUUCUACUGACGAUGAAAUUGUGAGAAAUGUUAUUAACGAAGAAAAGAAAAGAGAAAAUUUUACAGUGGUUCAAAUUAAAAAUAUAAAUCCUGACCAUCUUGGUUAUCUCAAGUGUAGAAUAAAAGAUUGGACACGACAAUUAGCACAUAUUUACCAUUAUUACAUACAUGGACCGCAAGGAAACAUCGACGAGUCUUCAGUAAAAAAUAAUCGAGCUCCAAGUCCCUUCCAGAAUAUUGAUAUAGAGGUGAAAUUAUUUAUGCCGAAGCAGACGGUGCCACAAGUAAUAAAUCUGCGAGACAUCGAGGACGACAUGCAGACAUUAUAUGUCAGAUCUGGUGCCAGUGUAUUUGACUUCAAAGCUACUGUGGAAGGAUCUGGAGUGGUGGAGGGAAUUAUCAGAUAUCAUCCGUUCUUGUAUGACAAGGAAACAUUUCCAUCAGAUAUGAAUGACCCCAGAAGUGAGCCUGAAGUCUUUGAUGAACAUGAUUAUGCUGCAAAUGACAGACCAGGAAGAGGGAGGAGACCAAUAUUUGAGUGUUACUGGAAUGGCAGACUUAUUCCAUAUACGUCUAUAGAAGAUUUUGAAUGGUGUGCUGAACCAAAAAAAGGAAAAAACUUACCAUUGGAAUGUUACAACAGGAUUUCCGGUGUAUUGUUUACAAAUGAUCAUUUCCAAGUCAGUACUAAUAAGUUGACCUUUAUUGACCUUGAAAUGAGAAUGAAGGAGAAAAACACAGCCUAUCAUAGAAUACACAAUGGACAGGAAAAAAGAACAGCUAUAGACAAGGAGUUUCUACAAUGGCUGAAGGAAUGUCAUGAACAUUGUGAUAAACAGAUACAUUUCACCGAGUUUAAAGGUCAGGUAGUACGUGCUGAUCUACCAAAACAGAGACAGACUCCAUGGGCAGAGUUUCAACAGGUGGAAUGGGAUGGGAAAAUCUUCAAGAAAGGGCAAUUGGUCAGAAUUACACGUACAUUACCCACACUGCUCGGAACAAUCAAACGAUUUUUAUUGUACGGAGAGUAUGAAGGAGAUGUCUUUGCUACUGGUGGAGAUUUAGAGGUCAUGCAGGAACCAAGAUCCCUGUAUGAUGAAGUCAAGGUCGUUCCUUUAUCUAAACUUGACAGACAGGCUUCAUCUCAUCUGAUAAAAAAAUACAUAGAGGAAGAAGAAGCAAAACUACCGUCAAUGUUGUUAGUGUCAUGGCCGGAGGGAUUUGAAGUGAAACAAAAUGAAAGCAGAGCAGCAGGAGAAACUGUUGGUGCCAUUAAGAUAGAGAUAGCGAAUAAAAAAGGGGAGACAAUCAGUAAGCUUCCUGGAAAUGCUGCUUCAUCUAAACGUUUACUGGUAGAACUAAAAAUCAUUUGGCAUGGACAAUCACGAGAUGAAGUCAUAGUAUCUCACAUCAGUCAGUACAGUAAAAACUGGGGAUAUUGGUUCAGAAAAAUGGAGAAUGUGCGAAAUUUAGGUGCACACACCUUAAUUCUACAGGUAGUAUUAAAUGAAAGUGGGAAUACAGUGUACUCUGGCAAAGAGCUUCCUUCACACAAGAUAAAGUUUACAGUCAUAGAAAGUGAUCCAGAGAAAUUUACUGUAGGCAUGCUGGACGGCCCAUUCCGUAUAGGUUUACCCUUCACUAUUCCUUUGGAAUUCCAGGAUGAAUUUGGAAAUCCCACAAAACCUAAUAAUAGCUUUACACCAGUGUUAGCAGCAAGUGAAAUAGAUAUAAGCUACCAGUCAACAAAAGUUAAGGGGAAUAACCUACUCAUCAAUGGUUGUGUUGCUAAGGGCAACGUAGGAGAAAGAUCUGGGAAGAGUUUCAAUUUAACAGUAAAGAUCAGGCAGCUGGAAGAAGCAUCUCAGACACUCAAGAUAAGAUUUUUACCAGGAUCACCUUCUUUGUUAGUUGUACCACAUGACAAAGAAGUGGAAAUAGAAAAUGGUAACGCUGUAGCUUUCAACUUGGAAGUUCAUGACAACUCUGGGAACAUCACAAAUGACGGGAAACUUAUCUGUACUUGUAAGUUCUCAGGUGUCAGUGGACUACCUAGCUACUCUUUAGACUGUUCUGCAGCAGGAUUUGGAAAGCUGACAGGAGAACCGAUAUCUUUGAAGAAACUUAAAGAUUUUCAGAUACUAACAGCCAAGAUUGAACUACAAGGAUAUAAAGAUGUUAAAGCUGUGGAAAGAAAAGUAAGGGUCUUGCCGAGUGGAAGAGUAUCUAGUAUAGACGUCCAUCACUUGAAAGACAAUGGGAAAACGGUGGCAAUGAAAGAAGGGGAGACAAUCACUGCAAUCGCUGGACAGGUGAUACAGGGAUUAAGUUUUUCUCUGACGGAUGAAGCUGGAAGAAAGGUUGAAAUUGAUGACUCCAUUGCUGCAAAAAUUAAAGUAAACUGGACCCCAAAGACCCCUAAGGAGAAAGUGAUACAAGGUCUACUACCAGAUAUAAGGGUUCCGGCCAUCACAUCAGAUGUCAAAUAUUGUCAGAUAUCCAUACAGGAUGGGUCAGGUGUGGACUUCAACUUCAUCGUUAGUGGCAAACCUGCUGAACCAAACCAAAUCAAAUGUAAAUGUGAGGGAUUCAAUGUGGUCAAGAUUGGUGAAGUAUUGGCAUCAGAGAUACAUGUCAAGGUCAAGGACAGAUUCGGGAAUGAAAUAUCAGAUUUGCCAAAGAAUACAACGAGUGAAUUUAUUGUGACUGGUGAAGGACUUAACACUAAUAUCAUUAAAGUUACACAGUCAAAGGGAACAUUUGUGAUAAGAGGUAUACAGUUUGAAGGUGUUACAGUGGGUGUAAAGGAUGUGAAAGUCCAGUGGAGAGAGCACAGAGAUUUUGUCAAGAUAGAUGUGGCAGCAGGACCCCCAGCAAAGCUUAUAGCACCUGGUUGGGACCUAAAUCAGCCUGUUACAGUACUCAAUGAUAACAAAUUACCCAGAGCCUUGAUGGUACAAGUUUGUGAUAUCAACGGAAAUCAUUGUAGAAUUCCAGAUAUAAGGAUUCAGAUAGCUAAAGAUCCAAAGAUUAAGCUGAUGCCAGCACCAUCAAUGAUGAAGACAAACCCAGAAGGAUCAGUCAACUUUGGUAUAUUAUUUGUCUCAGGAUCAAGGGGGACGUAUGAGAUAGAACCUAAAGCUAUGAACGUCAAUCCACCAUUAGAAAGUUUUAAGAUUACAAUAGAGAUACAGCCUGAUGCCACAAAACCUGUUGAGAUGAAGGUGAACUCUGGAAACAAGUUUGUGUUUAAUGUUGGAGAUAAAUUACCUGAUAUUUCUGUUGGUAUUAUGGCUGAAGAUGGAAACAAAAUGUCAAAUGCUAAACACUCCAGUUUGUCUAUGAAGUUAUGGAAGUUAGACAACAGAUCAAAGAGUAAUAACACACCAGCAUCUAGGGCCACAUCGUACAGUCCAGAAGUGGUUAAAAAUAGUCCAGGGGAAUUUGUAUUCAGGGAUAAAAAAUUUCCAGAACAAGCAGGAGAGUAUAAUGUUCUUAUUACCUACUAUGAUGGCAAACAUGAACUCUUCAGUAAUGUGCUUAACUUCACACUUAAUCCUGGAAAACCAACACAGUUAUGUCCCCUAGAACUUCCUGGUACCCCAACUGUAUCUAACACACGUAAUCCACAGUCAAGGAUUUUGAUUAGAAAUACUCAAUUUCAGCUAGUGGAUGAUUCUAGUAAUUUUGCCGGGCAUGGCUAUAAUGGGACAUUAAAACUUGAUAUUUGUGGUGAACCAGGGGAGAAAGAAUUACCAUGUUUUGUUGGCGGUGUCAAGAAUGUGGAAUUUAAGUUCAUCAAUGGAGAGUGUAGUGUUUCUAAUGUAAUGCUACAGGAGAAUUCAUCAGGAAGAGAUGGUGCUGAAUAUACACUGAAAUGUCAACUGAUUUGUGACAAACUACCCAAGAACCAUGCAAUACCACCAUAUAACAUUACAUUUUUGUUUUAUAAUGAUGCAAAGAAACAGUCACAAAUGGCAGCUUUAUCAAAACACAGAGAUGAACUACAGACUGUGAUCAGAACAUACAAAUCUUUAUUUGAAACAACAGAACAGCUUAUCAAGGAACUCAAAAGUUCUGUACAUGAGGCACAGUUGGAGGAGAACAGAUUAAAGGAAGAUUUACGACGACAGAAAAUACCCCUCGUACAGUUACAAAGUGUUGAUAGUGUUGAUAGGUUAAUAUCUGAGAGAACUAGACAAAGAGAAAAUAUAAUGACAGCUCCAAGGAGGAUAUGUUCUCUGGUGACAGCUCCACAAGAACCACAAGUUCUGGGAAAGAUCGGACAUCUGGCAUUGGUAGCUGACACAGACAUAGCUCGUGUGAUGUCGUGGCACAUGUCUUCAGAUAUGGAUUGUGUGGUCACCUUCACCACAGAUAAGGCAAAAGAAUUAUACAGAAGAACAGAUGGGAAACAACAGGUGCUUCCCCUGGAUUCUAUUUAUAGAAAAACACUACCAGAUUGGAAUAAACCAUUACCACAUAUUAAACACAAAAGGAAUUGGCGCCCCCCUGGAAAUCCUAUGUAUGCCAGAGAUCUGUUAAAUUUUCCUAAAGAAGCAGAAUCUUGUAAAAUAGUAUUUGGUAUGCUGCUUGGGGAUACAUUAAUUUUAGACAAUAUAGAUAGUGCAAACACAUACAGACAAGAGUUAGUAAAGUUUUGUCACUGUCCCACCAUACUAACAAGAGAUGGUGACAGAGUUAGAAGUAAUGGAAAAUUUGGAGGAUUAAUGAACAAAGCUUUACCAAUAGAAAAAUUACGAGGAGCUGUGUUUGGUGAACCAUUACCUACAACCUUUGAUGAGUCAUCAGUUCUGAUAAGUACUGUACAGAAUUACAAGGCAGCACUGCUACGUACACAGAGAGCCCAGGAAGAACUUCAAGAACAAGUAGACCAUUAUAAAGAUGCUGAGAUGCAAAGUAAACAUAAAGAAUGUCGGGAAGCUGAGCAACAACUCAAAGAUGUAGAGUAUAAAUUAGGUGUUACAAUGCAGAAUACAAGAUCUAUUCCUCCAAGUAGACCUAACAUACAGACAAAAACAAACAGUGAUGCCCCGUCACCAAAUAAAAGAGCCAGAACUUCAACGGUUACUCCGACACCACCAACAAGAUCUUCAGGAACUACUCCUACACCACCAACCAGAUCUUCAGGAACUACUCCGACACAACCAACCAGAUCUUCAGGAACUACUCCGACACCACCAACCAGAUCUUCAGGAACUACUCCUACACCACCAGCCAGAUCCUCUGGAACUACUCCGACACCACCAACCAGAGCUCCUACACCCUCGACCAGAGGUUCAGGAAGUACUACUACACCCGCGACCAGAGGCAUAGGAAGUACUCCUUCUCCCUCGACCAGAGCCUCGGGAGGUAUUGCUAUGCCCUCAACCAGAUCCUCAGGAGGUACUUCUAUGCCCUCGAAGAGAGCAUCGGGAAGUACUCCGAAUGUUCCAGAGGAUGUUCUUGUGAUAUCAAGUUCUUCAGCUACAUCAGUACCCUCUACACCAACAAGACAAAGUAAAAGAAUCUCAUCACAGACGCCAAGUUCCAAUAAACGACUUCGCAAAACAUGAAUCAACAUUGAACUAAAUCAUACUUCCACCUAACAAGACAUUAGCUCAUAAUUCAUCACACAUGGUCUUUGUGGCAUAAGGAGUAAGAAUUUCUGUCCAAAAAUCUUUCAUUGAAUCAACAUGAAUUGUGGGAAUUAGUUUUACUGUACAUGUACAUAAAUGUAAAGGCUGCUCCAUUAAUACAUACAUGUUAAGGCUGUUCCUUUAAUACAUACAUUUUAAGGCUGUUCCAUUAAUACAUACAUGUAAAGGCUGCUCCAUUAAUACAUACAUUUCAAGGCUGUUCCUUUAAUACAUGCAUUUUAAGGCUGUUCCAUUAAUACAUACAUGUAAAGGCUGCUCCAUUAAUACAUACAUUUCAAGGCUGUUCCUUUAAUACAUGCAUUUUAAGGCUGUUCCAUUAAUACAUACAUGUAAAGGCUGCUCCAUUAAUACAUACAUUUCAAGGCUGUUCCUUUAAUACAUACAUUCUAAGGCUGUUCCAUUAAUACAUACUUGGUACCUGGAUGAAUAGAGUCAUUUUAAGAAUUUUUCUUGCAUUUCAACUACAAAAUCGUUAUUAAAACCUACCCAUAGUUGAGAUUUCAAAGUGCCUUCCUGUGUCCCAUGUUUGUUUUAAGGGAACAGCCCUAACUAUCAGUUUUUAAUUAUUUUGUAAAGAAUUACAAAAUUGGAGAAUGUAUAUAUAGAGUUUUAAAGGGUUAAAAUACAUUAAAACUGUCAGAUCUUAGGGUUUUCAUUUCAGUUUUCAUUGAAAGGAUGAAAUAGAAGGAAGGAUUGUUGAUUGUUAAAUUUAUUUAAAUAUAAAAUCAAUAUUAUUGGUUUUCCCAAAAGUGUUUACAAUUAAGAUGUGUGCUGU